AUGUCUUCAGUCAGCGAUUAUUUAGAUGUUCAAAUGGAAAAUUUAAUUCCAUCAUUAAGAUACUUUAAAAACCAUUUCUUUGGUUCUCCACAAACACCAAAAAAGCAUAUAAUAAUAGACGAAAACAACAGUAAUAAUAACAAAUGCCAUUCCCAAGCAAACGAAAAUAAACCAACAGCUACUCGUCGUAGCUCAAUAAUAGUUUAA